UCGAAAAAGAUUUCAAAGGUCGGCUUUUGAAAUUCCAAUGGGCGGUUUUUUCAAUCUCAAAGGGCGGCUAUUUAAAUGAGUACGCAUUUUUUUAUGAAGAUGGGCAGGAGAGAAUUGUUGACGAGGAAGGGCGCGAUGCAAUGGAAUGGGAAUAAGAAGUUCACCCACAUCACCUAGAAACGUUAAUCCGCCUAAGGCUUUAUUGUGAAAAGCAGGGUCUAGAGCAAAACUCGGUUGAUGAAGGUUUAGAUGCUGAAAUGGAGGAAGCUUCAAGAGUAGUAAAAACGCAGAAAAAGCAUUACAAUGGCUACUUCAGCGAACAAAAACUUCUUUUUGUCUAUUACAAUAGGGUAAAGCUAUUCAAUGCUGCUAAAUCUGGUAGAUUAGCUAGAGGAAUUGCUGAACUAACAGCACAGAAAUGGGCCAAGAGACUCAAAGAAGACAAAGAUUGGAACAUCUUGGAAAAACAAACUAACAAAGUCAAUAGGCCGAAGGCGCAGCUUGAUAAAAGACAUAAGAUUCAUCUACUCAACUUUUAUGAUAAUAAGCCUCAAGUCAGGAUUGUUGAUGCAGUUGCUUUGCUCACUAAAAAGUUUGAAGGUUUUACAUUAAAGGAAACCAGUGUUAAAAACUUUAUGAAAGAAGAAUGUAGCUUUCAUUCAAGAAACUCACCCUUCAUCCAAAAGCAAGAAACGAUCAAUCAAAAAUCGCAGAUCGUAUAGCACGGAUUGAGAAGUGGAGUAAGACAGAUAUGAACUAUCUCGAAAACUGUGUUUUUGUGUAUGAAUCGGGUUUUGACAUCAACAUGAGACCUCCUGGAGGAUGGUCUGCUAAGGUUACUC